AUGACCUUCAAACGCAAAAUUCAGACAUGCACUUAUGUAACAUCUGAGUGGAAAACUCAGACACAUGCGGAUCAAGGCAGUCUUGUAUUUGCACUGGCCGCCCUUGUGGUCGUUGCCAUCGCUCGUCCAGAUAGCCCGCCUAGAUAUGGCUACUCUGCUCCAACACCCUCUUACGCACCCGCCAAGUACGACUUCAACUACGCUGUCAAUGAUCCAGCAUCAGGCAACGAUUUCGGACAUGAGGAAGCCCGUGAUGGAGACAACACACAGGGAUCCUACUAUGUCCUUCUUCCUGACGGUCGCCUGCAGAGGGUCACCUACAAUGUGAACGGAGAUUCCGGUUACGUGGCAGAUGUCACCUACGAGGGAGAAGCUCAGUACCCCCAGCCCAAAGGCCUCCUAUGGUCCUCCUCAGCCAUCCUACAAGCCGCCCACUCCUUCCUAUGCUUAAAAAACAGAACUAAGGAUAUUUAUCGAACUCAUGUUUUUGUAUUUGCACUGGCCGCCCUUGUGGUCGUCGCCAUCGCUCGUCCAGAUAGCCCGCCUAGAUAUGGCUACUCUGCUCCAACACCCUCUUAUGCACCUGCUAAGUACGACUUCAACUACGCUGUCAGUGAUCCAGCAUCAGGCAACGACUUCGGACAUGAGGAAGCCCGUGAUGGAGACAACACACAGGGAUCCUACUAUGUCCUUCUUCCUGACGGUCGUCUGCAGAGGGUCACCUACAAUGUGAACGGAGAUUCCGGUUACGUGGCAGAUGUCACCUACGAGGGAGAAGCUCAGUACCCCAGCCCAAAGGCCUCCUAUGGUCCUCCUCAGCCAUCCUACAAGCCGCCCACUCCUUCCUAUGCUUAAAAAACAGAACUAAGGAUAUUUAUCGAACUCAUGUUUUUGUAAAUACUAGAUAUUAAAAUAGCA